AUGCCGGCGGAAUAUGCUAAGAGCCCAACUGCAACCUUCCCCUCCAGCGUUCCCUCCUGCAGAUCCCUGUCAUCCAGUGAGGCUGGCCCCAGUGGCCCCUCCAGCCUCUCAGAUGGGGAGCUGGCCCGGAACUUACAGGACAGUGUCAAGCAGCGCAUCCUGUGCCUCUCAGAACAGCUGAGAGCGGAGAAGGCCGGCCGGCCCAGGAACACUGCGGGCUUCCUCAAGCUGGCGUCCACAGCCGACCGGCACCAGGCCCCCCACGUCUGGCGGGCCUUCGAGACGGCGAGCCAGCGCGCCUCUGCCACCGUUGCCCAGAUUGAGCGAACGCUCCACCGGUGUCACCAGCAGCUGCAGGGCUCAGCGCUGAGGGCAGAAAGCAGCCCGGGGGACAACUGCGAGCAGCCCAGCGAGAAGGCUCUGUUUUCAGAGCCCCCCAAGCCAGGUGCGGAAGACUGCCCGCCCACCGACCUGUCUGAUGUCAUUAGACACUUCUCUCCAGAGAGUCACUCCCCAGCCUUGCAGCAGGGGAGGUCCUUGGAGACCAAGCAUGGGGCCCAGCUGCAAGCCCUGCUGUGGCAGAAGGUGAAGGAAGAGUGGAUCAAAGUCAAGACCUUCCAGCUCAGCUUGCAGCUGUCCUAUCAGAGCCUCAAAGGGCAGUAUGUGACCAACCUGCAGGCAUCGCUGGAGUCCCUCUGGGAGGAGAGAUGCAGACACGUGCGGCUGGAAGGACAGGUGAAUGAGCGCCUACAGGGGCACCUGGACAAGAUUUACCGCCUCAAACAGAAUCUGGCCUGCACCGAGGAGAGAAUGGCCUAUCUGUCCUACGGAAGAGCCAAGGAGACAUGGGAAGUUAUGGACACGUUCAGGAGCCGUGCAGCCAAGCUGGGGGCUCUGCAGCAGACGACCCAGCUGGAGGUGACAGAGAGCGCGCGUAGCCGGCACCGGGGCUUCCCGCGCCGCCGCGCCAGUCUGCUGUGCACGCUGGCCACCGUCGUCCUGGUCCCGGUCCCCAGCGCGCGCGCCUGCUCAGUGCCUCUGCUGAACUCGCGCCUGCGCACGGGCGCCGCGUUCCUGUCCGUCGCGCUGGGCGCCCAGGAGUGGAAGAAGCAGCGUGCCAUCCCCGCCGCAGACUGGCAGGCCUGGCUCCCCUCCAGGUGGAGACUGUGUUCCGGGGAUUGCAAGCCUCUACCAGAGGGGCCUUAAAGGGCCUGGCUUCGCUAGCUCCUCCCGCCUCCCCAGACAGCUGCUUCUCGGCUCUCCCUUUCUUCUUCCAUCACCAGCAGCCCAAUGAGAGAAUCUGAAUUAGACAUCACUUCAGGCGGCAACAAGACAAACCCAAGCUAGACGUGGGAGCUAAGGACCCAGGCAUUGUGACCGGGUGGCCCCGGGAAACUUGAAAAAUGGGAAGGCAGCUGCAAGCCUUCGCUGCUUUGAUGGCUGGGGGCCUGGAGACAGGCUGCACGUGGUGAGUGCUGUGGCCCUUGGGCUCUGCGUCAUCUCGGGUGGACGCCAAGCUGCAGCCCCACAGCCCUUGGUUCUGUCCCGGGGACGUGGUGCAAGGGC